GCGAUUGGGAGUGGUAGCUGCGCAUGCGCGGUACGGAAGCCGGGUGAGGUUUGCUGGUCGCGUACGCCGCGCGUUCCGUUGGUAUCGUUCCAUUCCAUUCUGCGCCGCCAUCAUGUCAGCCAUGGGGACCCUCGCCUUCGAUGAAUAUGGACGGCCGUUCAUCAUCAUCAAGGACCAGGACCGCAAGUCUCGGCUCAGCGGGCUGGACGCCCUCAAGUCUCAUAUUAUGGCAGCAAAAGCAGUUGCAAACACCUUGAGAACAUCGCUUGGCCCCAAUGGUCUUGACAAGAUGAUGGUGGACCAGGAUGGUCAGGUUACUGUAACUAAUGAUGGAGCAACAAUCCUAGGAAUGAUGGAUGUAGAUCAUCAAAUUGCAAAGCUAAUGGUAGAGUUAUCCAAGUCACAAGAUGAUGAAAUUGGUGAUGGCACCACUGGAGUUGUGGUUCUUGCAGGAGCUCUGCUUGAAGAAGCUGAGAAGUUGUUGGAUCGUGGAAUUCACCCCAUCAGGAUUUCUGAUGGAUAUGAGCAGGCUGCACGUGUUGCUAUUGAGAACUUAGAUAAGAUCAGUGACAGUUUUCCUUUUGAUCCUAAUAAUGUAGAACCACUUAUUCAAACCGCAAUGACGACUCUUGGCUCAAAAAUUAUCAAUCGAUGCCACAGACAUAUGGCAGAGAUUGCUGUGAACGCUAUUCUAACAGUUGCUGACAUGGACCGCAAAGAUGUAGACUUCGAACUCAUUAAAGUUGAGGGCAAAGCUGGGGGUAAACUUGAAGACACACAGCUAAUCAAAGGUGUGAUUGUGGACAAGGAUUUCAGCCACCCACAAAUGCCAAAGGAAGUUAAAGAUGCUAAAAUUGCUAUCCUCACUUGCCCAUUUGAACCACCUAAACCCAAGACUAAGCAUAAGCUUGAUGUAACUUCUGUAGAGGAUUAUAAAUUACUUCAGAAAUAUGAAAAGGAAAAGUUCAUUGAGAUGGUAAAACAAAUAAAAGACACUGGUGCAAACCUUGCAAUAUGCCAGUGGGGUUUUGAUGAUGAAGCCAAUCAUUUAUUAUUGCAAAAUGAGCUCCCUGCUGUUCGAUGGGUUGGGGGUCCUGAAAUAGAGUUAAUUGCUAUUGCAACUGGAGGCCGUAUUGUUCCACGAUUCUGUGAACUAACGCCUGAAAAACUUGGUUACGCUGGUAUUGUGAAAGAAAUUUCUUUUGGUACAACCAAGGAUCGAAUGCUUGUUAUUGAGCAAUGCAAAAACUCUAGGGCUGUGACUAUUUUCAUAAGAGGAGGAAACAAAAUGAUUGUCGAAGAAGCUAAGCGUUCACUUCAUGAUGCUUUGUGUGUCAUUCGCAACUUGGUCCGCGACAACCGUGUCGUUUAUGGUGGUGGAGCUUCUGAAAUAUCUUGUGCGUUAGCAGUGAGCCAAGCUGCCGAUAAGUGCCCAUCGUUGGAACAGUAUGCAAUGAGAGCUUUUGCUGAUGCUUUGGAGGUUAUUCCUAUGUCACUUGCUGAGAACAGUGGCAUGAGUCCUAUUCAGACAAUGACUGAAGUACGGGCCAAGCAAGUCAAAGAAAACAAUCCCGCACUAGGCAUAGAUUGCCUGCACAAGGGUACUAAUGACAUGAAGCUGCAGCAUGUUAUUGAAACCUUGAUUGGCAAAAAGCAGCAAAUUUCUCUUGCUACACAAGUGGUUAAAAUGAUUUUGAAAAUUGACGAUGUCCGUCAGCCCGGUGAAAUAGAAGAAUGAGUACAUUAAAAAGGGAAGCUGUUAAGACGCCAACUCCACUAAGCUGAUUCUUACUGCUAUUUAUUAAUGCAAUGUUUCCACUGUACUUUACAUUAAACUGUCUAGAUACACAAUAAAUGAUCUGUUACUCAA